UGAGCGCUUCAACGGACGGAGAAUCAGUAGGGACAAACACGAAAGAGUAUUUAUGCUUUCGCUUUUUCUACUGGGGGCAGGUAGAAGAGGAGAGAUGAGUUGGUUGGUAGAAAUGUUGAGCCGCCAAUUGGAUGGUGGUUUGCAGAAGAUUUCUGAUUGGCCUGUUACCACACAAGCGGCAGUGGCAGCUGCAGGAGGCAGGAGAGCAACAGAAAAAGAGAGAGCGGUACAGAGAGACAGGAGGAGAGCUCAGAGUAAUCGUUGGAGGAAAGAGGACAGAGAAGGGAACUUGUGUCAGCGUGGGUGCUGAAGCAGGAGAAUGACAUGCUGAAGAAAGGGGGAGCGAUGAUGUCCAGUACCACAUUCAAAAUGUCCAGGUCACAGUGAGAGCAUCCUGUCAUAACAACACUAGUUCCAUCAAGAUCCAUCAGAAAAAGCAGACAGCAUGCAGAACCUCCGGCACGCAGCUUCUGAGGCUUUCCAGCGUCUCGGGUUAAAACAAAGACAUCUGGGCUAUGAGGAGCUGGGAGAGCUGGACGGGGUGGAGAAACCACAGCCGCACUGGUUUCACACGCUGCAGGUGCGGCGGCUCAGAGUUCAGAGGGGUCGCAGUAACAGCGAUCCUAUGGGAGGAAAGAGCUUCCAGCAAGAGUUCCAGUGGAAAACUGGUCUGCAGUUUGGGAAUGCAACAUCUUAUCUAAAUCUUGAAAAACUUGGCGAGGGCACAUAUGCCACAGUGUACAAAGGAAUUAGCAGGAUAAACGGUCAUCUUGUGGCUUUAAAGGUGAUUCACAUGAAAACUGAGGAAGGAAUUCCGUUCACAGCUAUUAGAGAAGCGUCCUUGUUAAAGGGCCUUAAACAUGCCAACAUCGUCUUGCUUCAUGAUAUCAUCCACACGCGAGAGUCUCUCACCUUUGUCUUUGAGUAUGUGCAAACAGAUUUGGCUCAAUACAUGAUUCAGCAUCCUGGCGGACUUCACUCGUACAACAUUAGGCUCUUUAUGUUUCAGUUGCUGCGAGGAUUGUCUUACAUUCACAGCAGAAGAAUUCUGCAUCGAGACCUCAAACCUCAGAAUUUGCUCAUCAGUUAUUUGGGGGAGCUCAAAUUAGCAGAUUUUGGUCUGGCCCGAUCUAAGUCCAUACCAUGCCAAACAUACUCAGCCGAGGUCGUGACUUUAUGGUACCGCCCGCCAGAUGUUCUCAUGGGCUCCACUGAUUACUCCACAGCCCUGGACAUCUGGGGAGCUGGCUGCAUUUUUAUCGAGAUGCUACAGGGGUCACCAGCGUUUCCUGGAGUAGCUGAUGUCUUUGAGCAGCUGCUGAAGAUCUGGGCUGUCAUCGGGGUGCCGACCGAGGAGAGCUGGCCAGGUGUCAGUGAUCUGCCAAACUAUAAACCAGAGUGGUUCCUGCACUGCAAGCCCCAGCAAUUUCGAGAUGUCUGGAAAAGACUCGCUCAGUUACCCUAUAAGACGGAGGAUCUGGCCCAGCAGAUGCUGAUGAUGACUCCAAAGGACAGGAUUUCAGCCCAGGAUGCAUUGCUGCACCCAUAUUUCAACACUCUUCCACCUCUGUUAAUGCAUCUAAGGGACACUGUGUCCAUCUUUAAGGUGCCGGGGGUGAGGUUAGAGACGGAAGCGAGGGAUAUCUUCAGCCCCAGCAGACGAAUGAAAUCGCCUCUUGCUCCGCUGGCCAAGUGCUGGUGAAAGUCUCGCCUUUGUAAAUAGUUGGUGUGCUUGUAAAACCAAAACCACACCAGCAUGAGUAAACGUGACCCUGUUGCAGCAUGGCGGUCAGUUUGUAUGUUGUUUAUUCAGAUCUUCAUCAGCUAAAUCAAAUAUAUUUAUCAAAGAAUAUAUUCUCUUUCAUAACAUUCAUGUUUUUUACAAUUUGGACCAGUAUUACCUAAAACAAAUUUUAUGGUUGAUAAUGAUGAUACAAGUCAAAGCUAUAUUUCAUACAUUCUAUAUUUUGGGAUCCCUAUCAUACUUAUUUUUUAAAGUAAUUUAUAGGAGUGGGUGCAUCCUGAUGUUGCAAACUGGUAAUUGUUAUAUUAUUUAAAUUUAUUAUCAUAAUCAUAAACACCAGUUUGUUGCAUAAAUAGUUUUACCAUUUACUGCUUUCAGCGAAUGAAUCUGA